AUGCUGCGCCUUACACUUCUAUUAUGCCGCAGCAAUAAAAAGAAGAAUAAACGGUGUUUGCCGGCCGCCAUCGCGACAGUGCCGGCGGCUCCAUUACGUUACGGUUGGGGAAACAUUCAUCGCAUGUCUGCAGCGGAGCGUCAGUCUGUUGUGAAGGCCUCGUGGGCACAGACAAACACUACAGACAACUCCCAUCUCUUUCCCCAUCAUCCUACUGGAUUAUUAGAUAUGAACCACAAUCUUAAUGAUAAUAACAAUAAUGAUAUGGAUGAGGAUGAUGAUUAUAAUAAUAAUAAUAGUGAUGUUGAUCGGACUAUUCCUGCUGCACAGAUAGCGCGGGAGUUCUUUGCAGAUUUGGCACGUGAUGCCGAUGAUGAUAUGGAUAGAAAUGUGGAUGUGGAUAUGUGCACCUCCACUGCGAUCACUACACAGAGUGAUGAGACCCGCAGUGAUGAGGCCCGUGAUGUCCACCGGCAUUUCUUUGCAGACUUCUACACACAACAACAACUCCUGCCCGGUGGUGAUGUGAUGUUGUUUCGCUUUGUAGAGGCGAUGCUGCGACCACCCGCUCUCGCUGUUCUCGUGAACACCGCCAUGCCGUUUGUUCGCAUGAUGUUAGUUGCCCAGUUAACGGCACACAGUCAAUCUACACAAGGGCAAAACAGUAAACUUGUGUUUCUCCCACAUUCACACCACCCGCUGCUGUACACAGUGGAGGUUGUGCCCACCCAACGCAUUGGGGAUCCACUGAGACUUCCCUACACGAGAGAACGCUCCAUACUUGCACAGAGAGAAAUGCAGGAAACACCAACACCAACACUAGAGAGCAGCGGAAAUGAUAGUUCCACCACCCCAUCAUUGAUGCUUGCGGAAGUGAAAGAGAAUGAAGGGAUUGAGAUGAAUGCAGAUCUUUUAGGAGCAGUGAUGAGUGAUGAUGAUAUGAGGGUAGAACCAUCGGCACUUGUACAAACAAGAAAAGAAGAAGAUAAAUGUAGAGUGAAUCAUCCACACAUAAUAACAGCACCACUUUCCAUUGGCCAUUUAUAUUGGCUACAGAGACAAGUAGCAGCAGACACACUUAUUGACGUGGAUCCUCUUGGAUUAAUGAUUCCUCUCACACUUGCCAUACACCGCAGAAGAAGAAGAAAUAGUAAUAAUAAUAAUGGUAAUAAUAAUGGUGGAAUUCUUCUUGACAUGUCUACUCGAUCUCAUGGUGUGAAGGAGUAUUCCUACACCAAAGAUAUUGCCGCACACUUUACUACUUCACAACUCAGUUUAGAUGACAUUUAUGAUGAAAGCCGUAUGGAACGUAAAGAGGAGAAUGAGACUGUUAUCAUCUCCCUUCUACCAUCACUAUCAUCAUCAUCAUCAUCACAACAGGAACAAGAGAACAAAAAUAAAAAAGUCUCUCACCGUGGGACGGGCCAUUCUGUAAAGGCCGCCGCGGAUGAAAUUCCCGCCGAUGACAGUUUCUCUGCAUCUUCACUACAACAACAGGAGGAAUCACAACAAGUGAGUUAUCACGUCGGUGUUGAGGGGUGCAUCACUGUGCAGGGCCCACCACGGCGUCUGUGGGAAGUCUUGCGAGGGGCAUGCGAUGCGGUGCUUUGUUGUCCUCGCACCACCGCCGAUGGACGUAAACCUCGCGUGGCUUUAGGGACGGAUAAUAACAGUGAAGAAGAGGCCGCGGCCAAUCGUUUUAUUUCUGUCUGCUCAAUGGUAAAUAAGACCUUUUCUUAUUUGCGGCGUGAACUCGCACAGGCAUUGCGGUAUGCUUCUCCGCAUGGGGGUCGUAUUGUGUAUGCAACUCACAGUAUGAAUCCUCUUGAGAAUGAGGCUGUGAUCUCUUCUGUUCUCACAGACUUUAGACGACAACACCCGGAAUGGGAAUGUCGUCCUAUUUCCUUGUUAAAUCAUCAAUAUAAACAAGAUCAACAACAACAAGAAAAAGAAGAAAAAGAAAGGGAAGAAUUCAAUAAUGAUAAUAAUAAUAAUAAUGAUAAUAAUGAUGCUGCGGUGGAGUUAUUGCGAUCGCUCAUGGCUGGUGGACGUGCGGGAGUGACAACGUGGAUUCCACUGGAGGAUGCACCGGCCGAACAGGAGGUCUCAUACAGUGCGGGGGAUAUCAUUGCGGAUGUGGCUCGCUGCGCUUGGCGGGCCGAACCGAUGAAUACAAACUUUGAUGUCUGUUUUAUUUGUGUUAUCGAAUUGCAGCAACGUCAUUCUAGUCUAUCAUCAUCGUUAUUAUCAUUAUCAUCAUCAUCAGAAGAAGAAAAAGAAAAAGAAUCAUCAUUAUCAUUAUCAUUAUCAACAUCUUCAUUAGUGGUUCCAAAAGAGAGUUCUCCUGCCGUUUCUGCUUUUCCAUGGCUGGACACGGAGCGGUUGGAGAGUCGAUGGGGUCUUGUUUUCUCAUGGAAUGAAAGAAAACGGGCUUUUGUGGUCGCCAGUACUGCCGUACUUCGAGUGAUGAAAUCCCUCCAGUCCACCACUCAUCGCAGAAAUGACUACAGUGUAAUUGGAUACGGUGUUCGUGUAGAUACUGGACGUACUUGUUGGCCCCAACAACAACAAAAAGAAGGAGAAAAGUCAGCGGAACAACUUUUGAGUUGUACUUUAAGUGGCACACUGUUGUCAUUUGCGUUGGGCGACGCCGUGCGAGCGUGUGAGGCGCCGUUUCGUCUUGUUGAACUCCCUGCAGUGGCUGUAUUGGAGUUGCUGCAAAGGAGACACAUCACAGGGAAGCGACUGCGUGAAAUUCUCGCGGAUAAAUUCGCCGUACUUAAUUCAAUAGAGAGAGUGGCAUCGCAAUAUAAAGGAGCCGCUCACACAGUCUUUAUAAAAGUGACUACACCAGAAGUGUUUGAAUCUGAGUCUAACAAUAUGGAACUAGACGCAGGAAUAGUGGAUGAACUAGAGAAAUUGGUGAUUGUAGCUCAUCUUAAAACUAAUUACUCUCCAUCUUCACAUGCGACUGUUUGUUCUCUCCGAUUAGACGGUACAUCAUCGCGUGAACGUUGUGUUUUGGCAGAACGUGUAGUGGCGAUCAGCGACGCAUUACGUUAUUUGCUGCGUCGAUUGGGUUAUCCUGCAGAGAUGUGGGGAUCCGAUAUCAGGAGUGUAAAUGAGAUGGACCAUGGUAAUAUUACGAUUAAUAAUAAUAAUAAUAAUAAUAAUAAUAAUAAUAAUAAUAAUAAUAAUAAUAAUAAUAGUCUGGCUGAUACACAUGAGAUACAGCUUCAAGAUGAUGAGUACGAAGUGGAAGUAAACCCAUCUUCAUUAUUAUCUGCGUAUAAUAAUAAUAAUAAUAAUAAUAAUAAUAAUAAUAAUAAUAAUAAUAAUAUUGGUGAAAGUGAUGAUGGUGAUGAUUACAGUUUUUUUGGCCCGCGUACAAGGCGAAUACACGAACGAAAGAUGGAGAAACUACGGAAAAAGUUAGGAUCGUUGGGUAUCAGUAGUGAUGGGAGCCCGUUGAAUGACUGGGCUAAAGAUGUAAAGCACAUGCGUAGAAAGAAACGGACGUCUUUUACUCAUUCUCCCAGAAACCAAAUGCAGUGA